GCCAAUCUUAUAGGAGCUUGCAUCAGCGGGUCAAUCAGGUCAACAUUUCACAAUAUAUUAGCGUGAAAAUUUUAUAGUCAACUUAUAGUUUAUAAACAAAUGAAUGAUGUCUGUUGUUAGAAGCUUAUGUCGGUGUGGUUCUCAAAGUCUCAGUCAAAGUUUAAUAAAACAGAUUGGAUUGGUAAAACCUUUGAUCAGAAAUGUUGACAAUGUUUCUCUAAUACAAGGACUCAGUGUUCGGAAGUUAGCAACUCAAAGGGAAGUAGACGAUAAUGUACAAAAAUUCAAAGCAGGAAAUUAUGAAACCAUUCCAGACCCCAAAAGUUUGCAGCACUUCAAGAAGAGCGAAGAUAAGAUGUCAACAGUUACCAUGGGAGACCCUCCUCCAAUCGGAACACACGCAUUACCUCAUCCAAUAUGUGGCACUCCAAAUUUCCCAGACCAUCAUCCCGGAUGGCCUCUGUUAUGA